AAUUUUGAUCGCCAUUUCUAUCAAUUAUAUAAAUAAUAUUUACCACAAAAUAUCUCUAUCUUUAUGUUUAAAGUCUUGUAUACAACUAAUGUCAGUCAUCAUAACUCAUGUCACAGUUAAGUCUAACCGUCCACUAAAAUCCGGUAUUUCUAUUGUUGUCAAUAUGUUUUGCUAAAAGCUAUUAAUUUUUUUGCCUAAACUACUGUACAGUAAUAGUACAGACAUUAUUUUGUGCUAUUGGUAAACAUUAAUUAUUUUAAAUUGUUAAUACAUCGAUCAACUCAUUACUACAUAAGCAAAAAUGUAUGCCAAUAAUUGUAUUAUCAGUACUGCUAUAAUAUUGACCACAAUUGUAAUGUGUGUCCAAACGUUAGACAACGAUGGAAAACCUUUAAGAGGUGUGACUAUUGUGAGUCCACCGUUUGUAAUGAAAAGUCGGGACAACCAGUUUGAGGGCUUUACUAUCGACUUAUUGAAAGAAAUUGCAAAGAUUUUAAAGUUUGAAUACACUCUCUAUCCKUCACCCGACGAUCGUUACGGCGCUACCGAUAGUAAAGGCAAACCGUCCGGAAUGAUACAGGAGUUGUUUAUGAGGAGAGCUGAGUUUGCAAUCGCCGAUCUAACCAUUGGUGAGAUCAGACAACGUUAUAUUGAUUAUAGCGAACCGUUUCUCGAUUUGGAUUUAAGUAUUUUGAUUAAUAAGAAAAAUAUCGGUAAUAUUACAUCGUUUGAGGAUUUGGCUAAUCAAACACGUAUUAGAUAUGGCACUAUAAGAGAGGGCGAGACAUACCGKUCAAUGAGUAUGUCGAGCGACCCGACAAUUAUCCGCAUCAAUAACUAUAUAUACAGUAAUGCCUUCAAUUUGGUUAACUCUAGAGAGGAAGGCGUCCAAAAUACACUCAAUACUGAAUAUGCAUUCAUUCAGGAAUCGGUAGCUAAUGAGUACGCGGCCGAUCAAAAUUGUGAGCUAACCAUCAUUCACGACAAGAAAAACUAUUAUUCUCGACAAUACGCUAUUGGACUGCAAAAAGGAUCGCCAUUUAAGCCAGAGUUUGAUCGCGCCAUCAAACAACUCAAAAGUGACGGAACGGUAGACAAACUAAAGAGACGGUAUUGGAAGACAAAGUGUUUGUCGGGUGCCGUCACCGCCAAACUGGAUAUUAUUACUACAAUAAGUCUGAUUGCGUCGGCACUCAUAUCAUAUAUUUUAUUUAAUUGAAAUAUAUU